CGCCUGUCAGCGCGUCACGUCACACGCGCGUGUUAUUUUAUGUUCGAAAAACAACAAAAUCUCAAGCUUAGAUAAAUCUCAUUUUGCGCAUUCAUUGUUGCAUAUCGAAAACAAAUAAGCAUUUGCUGAUGUCAUAUUGUGAACGUGCAUACAUCAAAGUGAAUUAAAACGAUUACUGCAUACCAGCAUUGAAACUACUCAGCCCUGUACGGUGUUUGUGAAGUGAUAAGACAAAAUAAUCUAUAUUUCGACAAUAGUUACGAAAUUUCUAAUAGCCGAGCAAGGAUAUGUGAUUAUUGUGAAUGUGCGUUAUUAGUUGAACAAUAGAUAUAACUGUGGAAUGGCAACGCCCUAAAUAACCUGUUGUAUCUGCACGAUAUUAUUAGGUCACUGCUGUGUUUUAAUUAGCGACUCACAUUCCUGCGGUAAAUAUUGUUAAUCGAGAGACAUGGGUGUGCAUUGUGAAAUCAAUCUUUUCAAACCGUCCGAUGGUGUAUUCAUCCCUGGCAGCACAGUAAGUGGCAUCAUUAAAUAUGCUGUAGACGAAGAAACAGUUUUCAACAAGAUAGAUGUCUCUUUAAAAGGUAAUGGCAGACUAGUUAUACGAGAUCAAACGAGGAAGAGGCGGCAAAAUAUGUACAUAUACAGAAAUUCGGAAGAAUACGUUGAUAUUGAGAAUAUCGUUCAUAAUGACGACAAAGCACCGCCCCUACCAGUCGGUUUGUAUGAGUUCCCCUUCAACUUUACAUUGCCUCACAGUAUACCGGCUUCCCUGAACUAUCUAAGAAGAAACGCUAGAUACAGGGUAAGAUGUGUAAUCACAUAUUAUAUAUCCAUAAAGUUUCACAGACCCGGCCUAUUUCAAUUUGCCAAAAAGUUUAAGAAAGAAAUCACGGUUGCAACAGUCAUAAAACCUAGACUACCAAUGGAACCAACGAUAUACGGGGAACAAAAGACACUGUUUCAAUUAUUUUCCCGGAAACCGAACGUUGUGAACAUAAAGGCCAACAUAGAGAAUUGUGUAAUUGACCUCGGCGGUCGUAUUAAUAUAAAUUACGAGAUUUUCAACCACACGAAUUUGAAUCUAAAAGGUGUCGAGACGAAACUGGUCGAGAUUUACACGUUCACAACUAAAGGACACAGGAAGGUGAGAUUAUCUAAAGAUAUAGAGAACACAGAUACUAAGACUGGUUCAAUUAGUAGCGGUGAAUCGCAGAAUAUGGAUAUCGCUAUUAAUGUGCCGUCUGAACUAGGGUCACUGGAGUAUUCUAAUCUAGUGUCUAGAGAUUACUUUGUUUAUAUAACUGCUAUAAUACCGUUUCCACAUACGAAUGCUGAGUUGGAAGUGCCUCUUCAGAUUGGUGAUAGAAAUGACCCUAGUCAAGAAACUGUGGACGACCCACCCCCAUCUUACUGGGAAGUAAUGGCUGAAGACCAGAAGAAAGAAGGCCAGGAAGAAAAUGAAGACGAAGGCGAUGAUGAGUCAGAUGGCGAAAAGUCUUGAAUUGAAACGAUUUAAUUACUUAUACAAUUUCAAUGUUGUUAAAUGUCUGAUGUAAUUUGUGUAGUCGUCACAAUAAUUUAUUUUAUUUAGGACGGCGGCUGUGUUUCGGUGUUUUAUGCACUUGGCUGCAAAAUUUACGGAC